UUUUGGCUGCCUCUGUCGGUCUGUUCAGUUACCACGUGAACCGCCGACGGAGACCCGUGGGGGGGAGGCGGCGGCAGCGUUAAGUGAGAAAGGAAAAAAGACAAGGAAGAGAAGGGGGUGUCCCGGAAAGGCUACGCAGCGACACCCGAGGCCUGGUGGUGGCGGUAGAUCGGGGUAUUCAAGGCUGAAGGAGCCUAGGGAACGGCAGUGGCGGCGGUCGGACAAACGGACUGACCGAACCGGGUGGUGGCGGGAGCAGCGGGAGGAGCCGGAACGAUGCCGGCCGUGAGCCUCCCGCCCAAGGAGAACGCGCUGUUCAAGCGGAUCUUGCGAUGUUAUGAACACAAGCAGUAUAGAAAUGGGUUGAAGUUCUGUAAGCAGAUUCUUUCUAAUCCCAAAUUUGCAGAACAUGGAGAAACCCUGGCAAUGAAAGGAUUAACAUUGAACUGUUUGGGAAAAAAGGAAGAAGCUUAUGAAUUGGUUCGUAGAGGUUUGAGAAAUGACUUGAAGAGUCAUGUGUGUUGGCAUGUUUAUGGCCUUCUUCAGAGGUCAGACAAAAAGUAUGAUGAAGCCAUUAAGUGUUACAGAAAUGCACUAAAAUGGGAUAAAGACAAUCUUCAAAUCUUAAGGGAUCUUUCUUUACUACAAAUUCAAAUGCGAGAUCUUGAGGGCUACAGGGAAACGAGGUAUCAGUUACUUCAGCUUCGACCGGCACAGAGAGCAUCGUGGAUUGGUUAUGCUAUUGCUUAUCAUUUAUUAGAAGAUUAUGAAAUGGCAGCAAAAAUUUUAGAAGAAUUUAGGAAAACACAACAGACAUCCCCUGAUAAAGUGGAUUAUGAAUAUAGUGAACUACUUUUAUAUCAAAAUCAAGUUCUUCGGGAAGCAGGUCUCUAUAGAGAAGCCUUGGAACAUCUUUGUACCUAUGAAAAGCAGAUUUGUGAUAAACUUGCUGUAGAAGAAACCAAAGGGGAACUUCUCUUGCAAUUGUGUCGUCUGGAAGAUGCUGCUGAUGUUUAUAGAGGAUUACAAGAGAGAAACCCUGAAAACUGGGCCUAUUAUAAAGGCUUAGAGAAGGCACUGAAACCAGCUACUAUGUUCGAACGGCUAAAAAUAUAUGAGGAGGCCUGGACUAAAUAUCCUAGGGGAUUGGUCCCAAGAAGGCUGCCACUAAACUUUUUAUCUGGUGAGAAGUUCAGAGAAUGUUUGGAUAAGUUCCUAAGGAUGAAUUUCAGCAAGGGUUGUCCACCAGUCUUCAAUACUUUACGGUCCUUAUACAAAGAUAAAGAAAAGGUGGCAAUCAUAGAAGAAUUAGUAGUGGGUUAUGAAACCUCUCUUAAAAGUUGCCGUUUAUUUAACCCCAAUGAUGAUGGGAAGGAGGAACCACCAACCACAUUACUUUGGGUCCAGUACUACUUGGCACAACAUUAUGACAAAAUUGGUCAGCCAUCUAUUGCUUUGGAAUAUAUAAAUACUGCUAUUGAAAGUACACCUACGUUGAUAGAACUCUUUCUUGUGAAAGCUAAAAUCUAUAAGCAUGCUGGGAAUAUUAAAGAAGCUGCAAGGUGGAUGGAUGAAGCCCAGGCCUUGGACACAGCAGACAGAUUUAUCAACUCCAAGUGUGCAAAAUACAUGCUAAAAGCCAAUCUGAUUAAAGAGGCUGAAGAAAUGUGCUCAAAGUUUACAAGGGAAGGAACAUCAGCAGUAGAGAAUUUGAAUGAAAUGCAGUGCAUGUGGUUCCAGACAGAAUGUGCCCAAGCAUAUAAAGCAAUGAAUAAAUUUGGUGAAGCACUUAAGAAAUGUCAUGAAAUUGAGAGACAUUUUAUAGAAAUCACUGAUGACCAGUUUGACUUUCAUACAUACUGUAUGAGGAAGAUUACCCUUAGAUCAUAUGUGGACUUAUUAAAACUAGAAGAUGUACUUCGACAGCAUCCAUUUUACUUCAAGGCAGCAAGAAUUGCUAUCGAGAUCUAUUUGAAACUUCAUGACAACCCCCUUACUGAUGAGAAUAAAGAACAUGAAGCUGAUACAGCAAACAUGUCUGACAAAGAACUAAAGAAAUUACGUAAUAAACAAAGAAGAGCUCAAAAGAAAGCCCAGCUAGAAGAAGAGAAAAAAAAUGCAGAAAAAGAAAAGCAGCAGAGAAAUCAGAAAAAGAAGAAGGAUGAUGAUGAUGAGGAGAUUGGCGGUCCAAAAGAAGAACUUAUCCCAGAGAAACUGGCCAAGGUUGAAACUCCAUUGGAAGAAGCUAUAAAAUUUUUAACACCGUUGAAGAACUUGGUGAAGAACAAGAUAGAAACUCAUCUUUUUGCCUUUGAGAUUUACUUUAGGAAAGAAAAAUUUCUUUUGAUGCUACAAUCAGUAAAGAGGGCAUUUGCUAUUGAUUCUAGUCAUCCCUGGCUUCAUGAGUGUAUGAUUCGACUCUUUAGUACUGGUAACAGAUAUUUAGUAAUGAAACAAAGACUAGAGCCCAGGACUUCAUAUUGUUCUUUCUACUGCAGGAAAAUGCUUUGGUGGUCCUUUGGAGUUUAUUAUAAGAUAAAUAGCUCAAUUCACAUAGUUCCUGAAGAUAAAGCAGUGAGUGAAAGUAAAGACUUAUCCGAUACAGUUAGAACAGUAUUAAAACAAGAAAUGAGUCGUCUUUUUGGAGCAACGAAUCCAAAGAAUUUUAAUGAAACUUUCCUGAAAAGGAAUUCUGAUUCAUUGCCACAUCGAUUAUCAGCUGCCAAAAUGGUAUAUUAUUUAGAUCCUUCUAGUCAGAAACGAGCUAUAGAGUUGGCAACAACACUUGACGAGUCCCUCAUUAACAGAAACCUCCAGACUUGUAUGGAGGUAUUAGAAGCCUUGUGUGAUGGUAGCCUAGGAGACUGUAAAGAAUCUGCUGAAGCUUAUAGAGCAAAUUGUCAUAAGCUUUUCCCUUAUGCUUUGGCUUUCAUGCCUCCUGGAUAUGAAGAGGAUAUGAAGAUCACAGUUAAUGGAGAUAGUUCUGCAGAAACUGAAGAACUGGCCAAUGAAAUUUGAACAUCAGUAAACAAGCAAAUGGAAUGACUUUGGACCAUAUCUAGUGUAUAAUAUUUUUGUCACGCACCUGCUGCAUUGCUCUAACUUACACAGAAUGAGAGGAGUAAAUGUUCUUGCCUUCAAAUAGUGUUUUACGUUUUUUAUCCUGCUGAAAAAGUAUAUAUAAAAUAUCUAACAUUACAGGAUAUAGGUUCAGUUUCUUAAAAAAUUAAAAGCUGCUAAAAUUGAGGGGUUAAAAAAGAUACCUUGUCCUAUUCCUACCUACCCACCCAUGUUUUUAAACUAAUUUAUAUACAAUCUGGAGGCUGUUACAGCUAACAAAGCAGGUGUGUGGCAGAAAUAUUACCUUAAAUUUGUCUUGUGAGAUUUUACUAUAUCUCAGACAGCAUACAUGCUGUUUUAGCACUGGAUUCUUUCACUGAGCACAAAGAGUUGUUGGGGCUUUAGCAUCUGACUGAUUUUGUUACGGGGUUGAUUCUGACCAUAGGAAGUAUGCAAUGUGAAUCACUAUUUACAGAAAAUCUACAACAGAUGCUUGAUGUUGUAGAAACUGGGACAUGUAGAUACCAAGCAGGAUUAUAAGAAACCUAGAAGGUGUUCAGUACGCUUGUUGUGUUUCCAAAAUUUACUGUACAUGAUCAGUUCGGUGUUCUUGUACCACAGUUUUUAACUGAAGGAACCAGUUGGAACAAUCUCAAUUUUAACUAAAACUUGAAGAACUAAAAUAACAAUGCAAACCUUUCAGCAUUGUUUUGGCCAAACUUGUUAAAACUGUAAUGCAAGAACCAAAUGCACUGUGAUGUGGCACCAACUAAUUAGCAAGCAUGAAUUUUUUCACCCAAGAGUGAAAAAAAGGAAAAACCUACCAUGGCUUGAACUUUAAGAGCAGAACUCCUGACUACCAUUCUAUGACUGAUCAAGAGACUAAUAGUUUAAAACCUCAGCAGGCCUUGUUCAUGAUAUGCAGAAAAAAAAAGUGCUGCAGUUUAGAUACCUCUGGAAUUUUUCCACAGUGUCACAGGUUUGUAAUACUUGAAGCCCUACAUUUCUAAGAAUAUAUUUCUUGCUCAGUUGUUUCAGGCAAGCCCAAGACUUUGUAAUUUUUAAAGGGCCCAAGAUUUUUUUUUUCCAAUAACAGACCAGCUUCUUUUUCCUGCAGUUACAGAUGUAAUUUCUUUUUUGUUGUCAAACAUAAGGUACCAAAUAUGAUGCAAUAAAUUGUUUUGAAAAACACUUGUGUGAAUAUUUCCACUAAUCUGUGUUGGGCUUCUAUGAAAAUACACAGGUGGAAACAGAGGUGCAAGCCAGAGGCAAAGUAGUGUACUGUGAGGCCAGUACAGAGGGGAGCUCUUUGGAGUGUGCCAACUGCUGGUGUCAGUGAGGUUCCGUAGUGAAGUAGGGUGCUGCUCCUGCGUUACAAUUUCAUUGAGGCCUAGAAUGGUGGCAGGUACUAUGAAUGUAAUUCAUAAUCUGAAAGGAGAACCAGAAACUGCUAAUUUGAUUGGGAAAAUGAGCCUUAAACCUGUCAAACCUGUACGCUGAGAACUAGCCUCAGGCUCAAUAUUCUCAUUGCAUUUGCAAGAUCUGAGCAAAUAAGAUUAUGUAAAAUGAAUCAGUUGUAUAUAUAAUUGAGCUUUUUGUAGUCCUUUUAGUUUAUAGAGAAUGUACUCUAAAGGGAAUUUUCAGAAGACCCGGUCAUUUUAUUGAUUCUUUCAUAGUACAUGACCUGCAUUCCACAUCCCAGUCUAACACGUAGUGACGUACAGAGAAGUACAAACUGAACUCCAGUGCUCUGUUUUAUUUUAUUAACUGGCCCUGUCUCAGGAACAUCUUAACAGAUGGAAAAAAAAAAAAAGAAGAGAAAAAGAAAACCUUUGUUUUUUUACUUCUCCUGUGAGUGGCAACUGAAGUUCUUAUUGUUGGGAAAGAACACUAGUGCUACCUCUGCCACGAAUGAGGUGUUCGGAGGAGGCACCAGCCAUAUAACGGAGUGUAUGUGUGAAUUUUGUUUAAACUCUACUGUAUAUUGAAAUGAAAUUCAUCUAUCUGUCUUGACUGUUCAAAUGAUGUAGAUUGUCUUAGAAUGAAUAUUCAGAAAUACUCAGAACUCUAAAUGCAGAUGCCACCCUUGAGGAGCUAAAUUCCUUACAUGUAUAUUGUAUUCCAACCCAAUUUUACUGGAACUAUUGAAUAAAUCUUUUAUUUUCUUUCAGGUUUACUUGAUAGUGGAUACGUUGUCUGGUGUCAGAGGACCUUGGCUGGGUUCAUUUUAUGUCCAGACAUCACCCCUAAAGCAUUGUACUGUACCAUCUUGCUCUGAGUAGUAUUAACUGGAUCAUCUCACAUUUGCUUCAUCCAUUCUAUUAAUUUCAAAUGAUACUGUGGGGGGAAAACAGGGUCAGAAAAAACAAGUGGGGAAAAAAAUGCAGUGAUGUAAUUGAAACAAGUGCCUUAUGUUUAUCGCUAAGAACUGGUGUUAUCAACCCUUCUGAUAAGAAAGGGUCCCUUGACCUGUAUUAACAUAGGAAAGUAAAGUUCUUUUUGUUUUUCUUUAUAUUCAGUUACUCUUGUCAUUUCUCAUUGAAAACCUAAACCUGACUAGGUUAGUUUACUCAGCUUUAAUUAGAUAGUGAAGUCAUACGUUUUCACCAUUUUUCUGUAUCUAUUUAUUAUGCACAACAAUAAAGUGUGAUCUAUAAUAGCAUGACUGAAAGUAGUGCCGAUGUUAGUGAAGAGCUUUUCCGUGGGCUUUAUGAGGCCCUUGUCUUUCACAGUGUUUGUCCUUGACGGUAUGUUGCUCUUACAGCUGUGAAAUGGAAGCUGUGACUAUAUGAAGAGGUCAGAAAAGCACAGUCCAAAUUCAGGUAGGUUCUGAUAAAUUCAGGGAGACCUCUCUUCUGUACAAUGUCUAGGAAUAUUUCAGUUACCAUAUGUAGCAUUUGUUCGGGAAAAGCUAAACAGUGAAGUGUUGGACAAGACCAGUAUAUACUUACCUUACUGCCAGCCUAGAAUUCUGAAACCAGUAAGAGAGGUCAAGGUAAGACUGGUAUUUCCCGUGAAAGGCAGUCUUCCAGUUCUAGUUCAUGUCUGCUUUUUUAAGUCAGAGACUUCUUGAUACCAUUCUGGUGUCAUCUAAACUUUGCUGACCCCCUGAUAAAUCUGAAUAAAACGAUGUCCCAGGACAUGGCUGUGUUGUACUGCAGAGAGCAGAAACAUUAAGUUUUCUUUGAAUUUCAUGGUUGAAAGGUCUUAACCUGUAGCAAUAAAACACUUUUCAAAAAGGUGA